GGUGGGGAGUGGGCGGGCGGUGGGAGCUCGAGAGGUGGGCGGCUGUUUGCUCGGUGACGCGGCGCUUGUUAACGCGUCCCUCUCGACGCGGGUGUAAGUGUACAGCGCUGUGGACGAGGCCGUUGCUGGUUGCAGCCCUUCCUCCACCCGACCGGGCAAGUCUUUCUAUAUCUCAACAUUUUGCUGCAAGAAUGACGAAAUGUGGGUUAAUCGAGUUCCAGGCAGAUAUGAACGAGAAGCUGGAAAUUGCCAUGAAAGAGGAGCUUGAUAAAAUACUGGCAAGUGCUCCAGGGAGUGAGGCAGAGGACAUAAAGAAAAAUUUUGAGAGAUUCCAGCAACUGUUUCACCGAUUUUUGGAAAAGAAGGGACCCUCCGUAGAAUGGGAAAAAAUUCAAAAAGCACCAGAAGAUUCUAUUCUGUCUUAUGAUAAAAUGAAAGCCAGACAGUUGCCUGAAAAUGUUGCCUCACUCUUGAAAAAACUGGUAGUCGUAAAACUGAAUGGAGGUCUUGGUACCAGCAUGGGCUGCAAAGGUCCCAAAAGUCUUAUUGGUGUUCGUAAUGAAAAUACAUUUCUGGACCUUACAGUUCUACAGAUUGAGCAUUUGAACAAAACAUAUGAUACAGAUGUUCCAUUAGUCUUAAUGAAUUCGUUCAACACUGCUGAGGAUACUAAGAAGAUAUUACAGAAAUAUAGUAACUGUCGUGUGAAAAUCCAUAUUUUCAACCAAAGCAGGUACCCAAGAAUCAACAAGGAGUCUUUGCUUCCUGUGGCUACGAAUGCAUCUGGCACUGGGGAAAAUGCAGAAGCCUGGUACCCACCAGGUCAUGGUGACGUCUAUGCCAGCUUCCACCACUCUGGUCUGUUGGAUAAGUUUUUGAAUGAGACAAAGGAAUAUAUUUUUGUGUCAAACAUAGAUAACCUUGGAGCAACAGUUGACCUGCACAUUCUCCAUCAUCUUUUGGAUCCACCAAAUGGAAAACCCUGUGAGUUUGUUAUGGAAGUUACUGACAAGACAAGAGCAGACGUGAAGGGUGGUACCCUCACUCAAUAUGAUGGCAAGCUAAGAUUGCUGGAAAUCGCUCAAGUGCCUAAAGCACAUGUGGAUGAGUUCAAGUCGGUCUCCAAGUUCAAGAUCUUCAACACUAACAACUUAUGGAUUUCCUUGGCUGCAAUCAAAAGGCUGCAAGAGCAUAAUGAAAUUGAUAUGGAAAUAAUUGUCAACCCAAAGACCUUGGACGAUGGUCUAAAUGUGAUACAGCUCGAAACAGCUGUGGGUGCUGCUAUUAAGGCCUUUGACAAUGCAUUGGGUGUUAAUGUGCCACGUAGCCGUUUCUUGCCUGUUAAAACCACUUCUGACCUACUGCUGGUGAUGUCUAACUUGUACAGUCUGGAUGCAGGAUCCCUGAUGAUGAGCAAGAAGAGAGAAUUUCGAACUGUGCCUCUGGUGAAACUGGGCAGAUCUUUUACUAAGGUUCAGGAUUACCUGAGCAGGUUUGAAAAUAUACCAGAUAUGCUUGAACUGGAUCACCUUACUGUUUCAGGAGAUGUCACUUUUGGCAAGAACGUUGCAUUGAAGGGAACGGUUAUAAUAAUUGCAAAUCAUGGAGACAGGAUCGACAUCCCUCGAGGUGCAGUUUUGGAAAACAAGAUUGUUUCGGGGAAUCUACGGAUUCUGGACCACUGAAAACAAAGGCCAUCCUGAUCCUAAACUAUUAUUUCUAUUAUCAUGAGGACUGUUUAAGCUAAUAUUAAUAUUCAUACCUAGUUUUAUGUCCACUUAAUGCUUGUAGUAAAUGCUUGGUUCAGGCGUGGAAACAGUACUUUCAGAACAGUUAAUUGCUUACUGUAUUAAAAUUGUACAUUACCACUUUUUGUGGCAGUCGUAAGGCAAUAUCUCGUAAUUAAUCCCGAGUACUAAAGUAGCAUUUCUAUACCAAAGUCAACCAUUUUGUUCCCAAAAAUAUGAAUGGAACUAAUUCUCUUCAAUUUUUAAAAAGUAUAUCAAAUUAUAAAUGUUUGCUUCAGCAGUUACAAGCAAAGUUGAGUGUCUUUUGAAUACCAAAACGUGUUCAUUACUUAAAGGAUUGGAGUGUUCUGUAACUGUUCUGAGCCAUUGCUGACUUGAUAGUCACUUAAUGAUCUUUAAUAAAACAAAGUGCAAUUGAA